AUGGAAAGCGCCAACCCUUUGAACACACGCGUCGCAGGGUCGCCCAGCGCGUCGCCCUUCACCCAAGUACCCUCGCGUGCCGCCCCCGUCGCCUCCGCUUACGUCACCAGCGUUGAUCUGCAUCCCGUUGAGCCUUUCCAGGUUGUCGGCUUGAGCUCGGGUGAGCUGUGCCUCUACACUGCCGGCACGGAUGCCCUCUCCUGGUUGGUGGAGAUGGAUGCCGCGCGACACGGUCAGCUCCGGCUUAACCAGGCGAUGGGUGUCCCUGCCAACGCUGGUGGUGGUGCGCACGCGGCCGCCGUCGCCAUCUCGCCACCCGACAACCCGUUGAAGGUCUUCUCCUUUGCUUCCCUCAGCUCCUCCGCUGCGGCCGCAGGUGGCUGCGCCAUCGUGCACUGCGGGUUCCUGCGGGGGAGGGAGGAGGACCUUAUGCGGGAGGUGGUCCAGCCGCUCCAGCCCGGGCUGGCGGCAGCGUCUUCGUCAUCGUUGGCUCGGCGUCUUCUCUACGUGGUCACGAGCGCCAACGAUAUCUUUGUGGCCGACGUCAAAUCGGAAGUGGUGUUGGUGCGCUGGGGUGCCUCGACGGCUGCGCACAACAACAACAAUGUGAAGAAGAAUAAUAAUAACAGAAGCGCGGCGGGGAACGGUGGAAGGGGCGGAGCGCCAUCAUCGGCGAUCAGCACCGCCUCACCGCUACACGCGCAGUUUAUCGUCACGCAGGUGGAGACGUACGGUGCACUGCUCUUCUUGACAGUGGCACGCCGCAGCGCCGUGCAGGCGGUGUCUGCCGCGCUGGGCAACGGCGUCGCUGAUGGCGGUCGCGGACCCGAGCGCAACGCACUAGACCACUGCAGCGAGCCCCUCGUUUACGUCCUGCAUGUCGGGUACACCAAGCCCUUUGCCGCGGCCACGACGAAAGGCUUGAUCGCCGGCGGUGGUGCCUACGUGAUCAAAGCGGUAUCACAGGAUAAGCGGAAGCUUCGAGACCCUUCGCGCUCAUCGAUGGCAACCGCGACGGUGCGCAAUAGCUUAAGCAUUCGCGUGCAUCCCUUCGCCCCUCUUCUGCUGCUGUUGAUUAACCGCGCCGAGGUGCAGGUCUUCGCCGUGGACGGCGACGCGGUCGACGUCGCCCCGAAAGCGGCGCAGUUGGUGUUCUUCAACUCCCCAUUGUCCUCCGCCACCUCCUCAAAAAGCCCCGCGCUGGCAUCUGCCUCUGCUACGCCGCCGGCGCCGCUGCUCGACGCGCAGUUUGUGCCAUCUGCCGCCGUGCUGGUGCGCAGCUCCGACCAUUCAGCUUCUGCUUCUUCUGGAUCGUCUCGGUGGUCGAGGUGGAGCUGCCGCAACGUGCAGAUCCUCCUGCUGUCCUCGACGCGGCUGCGGCUGGUGUGCACCCGCCCGGCGUUUGUCGGCGAGGCUGCCGGGCCGGCCGGGACCGUUGCGGUGGACCGCGUCUUUUACACGGCGCCCGAGAUGGGCGUCCCCCCUGGUGCUGCAUCAAGUCCCACCACUACAUCACCACACAGCCACGUGUACUUUGUGCACGCGUGGACCUGGCUGGCCUCGCCAGACACCGUCUUUCUCCUUCAGAGUGACCGCACUUUGUUGGAGCUGUCGUGCAACGACUUCAUUGCGGCGAGCACGGCGGUGCCGUCGGUGCGGAGUCGCCGCCUGCUCCCACCCCGCACGAUGGUGUCGCGCACGUUGGUCGACACGCGUAACGACGCCACGCAGAGCACCAAGAGCAACAACGCGCAGUUGGGUAAUUGGUGGCUUAUUCCGCCGACGACGGCGGGCGGGCUGCCCUGCGUCUCGUGCCCGCCUGUCUUGCCGCUGUGGGGCAGAGGAUCAGUGCUCAGCGGGGUGUUUGCGCCCCGUCUGCCAGCCUACCACAGCGAAGAUCCGCAAACGCUGGUGUUCUCGCGGCUGACCGGCCUCGCGCGGCCGCUGCCCAUCCCACCGAACGAGAACGACGACUAUGCAGAUGCGGCCCUUGUGGAUCCAGAACAGGUCGACGGCGCGCAGCGCGACGAUGUCUUCCACCUGUCUCUCCUCGCUGACACAGAAGCGGUCAGCAGUCGCUGCAUCUCCAUUCGAUUGUGUCUCACACCGCUGCCAACUGCCGCGGCAGGUGCGGCUUCCUCGCCCGACUCCUCGGCUACUGCGGCACCGCGUGUGACGCAGGAAAGUGUGAAUGUGAACAUCGCACGGGUGCUCUGCGACGCUGCGGCAGCCGCGCUGUGCCGGCUCGAGCACGGCUUCUACUUUGUGGGCAGUCGUGCCGAGAGCGCCUACGCCGACUACCCCUUCAUCGUCGCCGGUCUGCAGUACGUGGACGGCAUCGUGCCGGACGGCGGCGGUGGGAGUGACGCGCAGCUCCGUGUGGCGAUGGUGUGCCUGCCUGCCGACAGACGUGAACUGCGCCGCCUGUACGACACCGCGAGGGCUGGCGGCGGCGAUGCCUUCACACCCUCUUGGACCCCGCCGGCCGAGUUGAAGCGCACACUUCAGCAGGCUGUGCACCACGCGCAAGUGCAAAGCUUACCUGUUCCACAGUUUGACUUUGAGCUUCCCCACGCGGCGAAAAUGACGAAGCAGCUGCUGAGCUGCGCGUUCCAGCUGAGCAACGAUGGCGUGGUGCCGUGCGUGUGGGGCUUGUGGGCACCGGUGUUCCCUCACCGCGCGUCCCCUUCUGCGUCUGCGACGAUGGGCUCCCCGCUGCCGCCGCCGCAGUCGUUGCAGCUAACGAUGCAGUCUUUCUACGUCGCGGCGGAGUCGCAGCAGCUGCUGUGGCGGCCACCAGAGCUGGUGCAGAUGGACGACCUCCUCGUCUCCAACCCGUCGCAGGUCUUUGCGCUGAACAGCGUGCUGACCAAGGGCGGCUGCAUUGAUGCUUCUGCGGCGGCCCUCCCAGCCCCGUACACCUCGCUCGACGACGUUCUCACCGACGUCGACGCUGCUGUUGUCGCGCGUCUCUUUCUAUAUUAUGCCGAUCGCAAAGUCCUGGUGCUGGCCACGGUGGAAACGGGCAGCAGCAGGGAGGCCGGCUUCGACCCUGAGGUGAUCGACGAGGCCUACAACUUCGCCAGCCGUGCGCGGAACGGGCGGGUGCUAGGUGGUCGCCUCUUCACGGGUGGGGCUGCGGAUCGCGCCUCCGAGACGCGCGGGGACGGCCGGCAGUACCUGCGUCUCGUCCCACACGCUGCAGCAGAAAUGAACACCUGGAAGGGUGACAAUACGGCCGAGUCCUUGAGCUGUGCCCUCCUGAGCGCCGUGCAGCUCAGUGCGGUGAUGGUGAACGACCACGGAGAACCCGCCCUGCAGGUGGCCGUCACUUCUCGCCGCUUUGGUGUAGCCUUGGCGCUGUUCCCGCUGGUGGGACGUCGUGGAGUUGCGCGGGUGUCGACUGCGCUGCAGCCGGUCAAGGUGUACCUCUAUCGCCGGUGGGAUGAAUUGCUGUGCAUCACCGCGGCCGCCACGCAGCCAGUGGAGGAGAAUGAGCGCAGCGGCAGCACAAACGGGCCCAUGUCAUCCCCGCCGCGGCAUCGCGGUGCAGCAGAGGCGGCGACGACGGCGGCGCUCAGUAUGGAAGACGUACAGCACACACCUCUGCUGCGUCGCUAUCGGGCCUGGGUGGACACGGUGGCGUAUCCCACCUCCACGUACGCCUCCGUCCCCCUUGCAGAGUGGGUCUGGCCGCCUGCCUGGCCCGUGGAGGGGGAUAAUGACGAGGGGGCAGGAGAGGAGAUGAAUAAGGCGUCCACGCGCACGUCGGCAGCGGCAGCCAACCCGAUCUUGCUGCUGCAGCGUGGCCGUGCCCUUUACGUGCUCCACCGUACCGGCGCUGCGGUGCAGGUGUGCUCCUCCCUCUUGCACUGCUCUCCGCUUCAAAUCGUACCACGAGCAGCUACUACUACCACUACUGCGACGACGACUACGUCCUCAUCGUCACCACCGUCAGCACCGUGUGAGUUAUACUUGCAGUACGGCUCCUACCCAGGUCUGCUGGCACGCAGCCGCCUCCUGCGGCACCUGCAGCUGCAGCACGGCCCUUUUUCGUAUUACGCCGACGCCACCGUGUCCUCGCAGUCUCCAGCAGGGAAGGUGAAGUGGUUUAAGAAGUUUCUCAAGAGCGCCAAUUCCGCGGAGGCGGCGCGGCAGCGUGCACGUGAGUGGCCGCGUCAGAUGGCGUGGCUGCAACACGCCUAUGCCCCUGGUGUGGAGGACCUAGCCUACCAGUUUUCCUCGUCGAAUAGUAGUCAUAGCGGCGGUAAAGCAGCAGUACAGAGCAUGACGCCCCUCAUCGGUGCCAACUUGGCGCGUCUGGUGGGCGCCGGCGUGACGCACGUCGGCAACGUCCUCGACGUCAACUUCACCGAUCCGAUCCGGCUGGCGACGCUGGCCGUCGAGGCGCUGGCUGCCAGCCGCGGUAUGCAGCAGCUCGUCUCCGCGGCCGGCAUGCUGACCGACUCGCUGCGACAGACGCUGCGACACCUGGCGACGGUGCUGGAACACAGCAGCGGCAUCAACGGCAACGGCAGUUCCGUGAGUGUCGCCGGUCAAGACGGAACGCCGAUGAGUGUGAUGCGAGGGAAUUGGGCGGUGGCAGAGGCUCUCGCGCGGCUGCCGCUGGGUUGUGUGAUGAAGGUGAUGGGCCAGGAGGUGCGCCGGGCUGCCGCGGCUGCUUCAGCGGCCAUGGCCGCUUCCUCUACACCUGCGGGUUCUGCCCGUCGCGGCAGCGGCAGCGGCGAUGGUGUGCGUGACGCGCGGACGAGAAACCGACUCGCGGAUCUGCAGCGGUGGUGGUGGCUGCUGAUGCGCUGCAGCGCCCUCGUUACCGCCGUCAACACGGUCCAGAUCGACGACGCGAGCCGAGUCAUGGCGGGCGUCUUUGAGGAGCUCCCGCUGAGCUCGCCGCUGCUGCAGCCCCCGUCAGACGAGGAGGCGGCGGCCCAUCGAGUCGCGCAGGCGCUGCUGCUCUGCUCGCCUCGUUUUAUGCCGCGUGUGGUGCCGCAGAUGUUGGAGAGCGGCACCACAUCGGCCACGCAGCGGGUGCAGCUGUUUGAGGCAGCGGUGAAGGCGGCCCUGAAGGUGCUCGGCGCGGCAGAGACUACAACAGCCGCUGCACUUGCUGCAUCUCCGGCUAAUGUAGACAAUGAUGCGAAUACCGCAGUCGAGGGCACCGUCGAUGACCCUGCGAAGAUGAAGGGCAACAGCACCAACGAUGGUGGUCGCAGGCCAACUUCGUGGUCGUCGCUCUUCUCCACGGUGCGCGUGGAUGGCGCCCACUGGACUCACGCCGUGUAUUACGCAAAUCUGUUGUCGCACAUUCGGAGCCUUGCCAGUGCAGAAGAUGCUGAAGAGGACGGCGUCAGCGAUAGUGUGCGUACGAUGGCCGCGCAGUGUCUGUCCGGGGUGGAUGUCGCCGUCGAGGCCUCCGCGGCCGCCGUGCUCGACGUCGCCACGCAGACGGUUGGGGUUCUCCUGGGGGCGGUGGUGGACGUCCCGGCCGCGUCGCGAACGCGCAUGGCGAAUGCCGUGGCGCAGAGCACUUCGAAGCGUCACGAGGUGCUGCAGAGCGGCGACACGGCAAAUCGUGUCACCGACGAGGCAGAGGCAGCUGCGAGCGCCGACGUCCCUUUUUUAGAGGAGGACGUGUACUUCUUGGAUCAGACCCCAAUCGACCAACUUCGCCACUCUCUCUACGCCCUGCAGUGGCGCGACCUCUACGGAACAUUUGGCUACCCUACCCGCUACUUCUUUCGCUCUGCCGCCGCCGCCAGCAGCAGCAUCAGUGCCAACUCCUCUUCCAAAACGGGCGUCACGUCUGCCACGUGGCAGAGAAACACAAGCACUUUGCCCUACCAGCUGACUUACGACGCCUACAUGAGCAGCGCCCAUGUACGCGAGACGGCCACGAACGCGCAGCCGGCCGCCGACGCCGCGCCCUCGGCGACAAGCCGGCAUCAUCGCGGACAAGUGCAGAAGGUGCUACUGACGGAACAGACGCACGGGCCGGCUGCUGUAGCGCCCCCUACGAUGGAGCUCGUACCAUUGUCCUCCGCACCCCCGUCGAAGAUACAGAACAGCAAUAGUAAUGGUGGUGGUGCUGGUGCGGAUGGACAUGGUACUGCAGCGUUGGCGGCGACCCAGCCGAGUCCACUCUCCCUUCGUGCCGCGGUGGCCAAGGAGGAGGCCGAUCUGCACAACACCUACUUCAACGGCUUCGCGGCGCACGACGAGGAGCGCAACUCCACUGUCGCGCGCAACAACGCCACUGCCGCGACGAGUGCGGGUGUGACGGGCGAUGUCAGCAACGACAGCAUCGCGCGUAAUUUUGAAGCGCAGCUGCAGAACGUCGGAGCGGCGGACGAGGACGUAAGCACCUCCGCGGUGCAGCGGGAGCGGCAGAAGGCGGCGGACCGCCAGCGAGUGCCUAACGCGUCCGCUUUUGCGCCGUCCGCCACACGACGUGCGACGAGCACAGCAGCAGCAGCGGGCGAGAACGCCUACGGUGACCAUUUGUAUGGGGCGGUACCAUCGCAGCAGGCCUUCUUUGCCCGCUUCCAGGCCGAAGAGGAGGACUAA